AUGCAGGCAGCAGAGGGACGAGGUAAAGAAGAGCACGGACUACGACGACAGCGUCGUCGUUGUCUCAGUUUCCGCCGACGGCAUCUGCCGCACCAAGAAACCGAGAGUCCGAUGACGAUGGCGACGGCGAUGGUAGCAGAGGAUUGGUUCUUAGAACGAAGGACCGACGAAGAGGUCAGUGGCCUCUUCGUUCGUCACCGCUGGAAACGAAAAGAACACCAGAAGCACGACGAGGAGCAAGACAACUUCCGUGUCGAGCUUGGCGACGCUUUCGGGCAACGUCGUUCGCUUUACCACAUCCUGAUGCUCAAGCGAUACGUCGAGAUGAGGAAACGAGGGGCGGCAAUAUCGACAGCCCGCAGAGAGCGCUGUGUGAAUCAAUUCGUGGUCAGUCACUGCGAAAGUGACUCUUCAUUAGGCCAGUUUGUCGAUUAG